AUGAAGUUAUGUAUUUUGCCAUAUACGAUUUACUCUAAGAAUUUGGACUUAUUAGAUGCCAAAAACCAACAUAUAUAUAUCGAUAAUGAUGUAUCUUCAAUAAUUGAAGAAAAGUUUAAUAGUGAAGGUUUAGUUUAUACUUUAUCAACAGAAACUCUCACAGAAGAAUUAACUCAAGAAAUAAGUCAAGGUUUAAAAGUAGUUGAAGAAGCUAGUUAUAGCAUCUCAGUGAAAGUAAGUAUGCCAGAAAUUCUAGCAUUGCUGAAAUCCAAAACAGAAAAUAUAUCUAGCUCUGUUACUGAAGAACCUUCGAAUAAUGAAUUGAAAUCAAUAGAAUUUGGUCCAAGUGAGAAGACUGUACAACCAAAAAUAUCUACCACUGUUGCAAAGCUAACGUCACCAAUACAAUCGGAAUCAAAAACCCAAACAUCUUCAUAG